ACACAUUCGCAUUCACCAUGGUUCGGCGGGCGAUUCUUGUUGCGGCUCUAGUGCCAACAGUCCUUGCGUUCUCGGGCACUCAUCCUGUCAUUGCCUGGACCUCCCACAGCUCGGAUGCGCUAACUUCUGCAAGCAAGUCGAGCGAUACAGAGCACUUCAUUGAGAACUUCCUUUCUGACGACUCUAUGUGCGAUCACGAUGCUGUCGUCCUGAUAGACCAGAUGGGUCUACAUGCCUCCGACCUCCGUUCUCUUCCAUCGUCAUCCAGACUGGCACAAACACUCGACUCCUCCCCUUCCUCGUUAGAAUUACCCUACACGCGCCACUAUGGAGAGAAUCCCUUUGCAGACAUUUCGAAAGCGAUUGCAAAGCGCUGCGGCUCGCGCGUGCUCAGUGUGCCUGCCGGAGAGGUAGCACCUCAUCUGGAGACGUCUCCCAAGGAGAAACAUGUUGUGUGUAUGAGCAUGCCCUCUAUUCAGGGAACCUCGGAGUACCGCAAGGGACUUAUGGCUGAGCUUGAGUCCUCGCUCGUAUCAGAGUUGGAAAAGAUCGCGGACACUUUCUCCAAGCACAUGGUCAUCUAUGCUGGGUGGAGCCCCUUACUUCAGUCUCGUCAGGAUCCGGAGGGCGUACCUGCUCUCGAGUUCGUUGCUCCAGUAAACCCCGCAUCGCCAAGCAAAGCCGCUGCCAACGACGGCGGCAUUCUGAAGAAAUAUCAGCUCCUGACUCCUGGCCUUAUUAUUUCACUUUUUGUUGCUUUGUUCGUCCUCAUCCCUGUUGUAUUUCUCGGCAUCACGUCUCUUGCGAGCAUCCAGUCUCCAGUCAGACUAGACGCGCUGAAGGGCUUCAAUGCUGCGGAAAAGAAGAACCAGUAACUGUCGCUGUAGUACACGCCUUUGGAAUUCUAUUAUACCAUCAGCUUUAACGGUGCGCUGCCUCCUUCACGCCGCUUGCUCUGAGUGAUACCUUCAG